UCUCUAUCUCUCAUACACACUGCGAGAGAGAGAGAGAGAGAGAGAGAGAGAAGCAGCAAUGGCGGGAGGCAAAAUAAGGAAAGAGAAGCCAAAAGCAAAAGGAACAAGCGCACCGUACCAGGGAGGCAUAUCGUUCCACAAAUCCAAAGGUCAGCACAUCCUCAAAAACCCUAUGCUCGUCGACACCAUCGUCCAAAAAUCCGGCAUCAAAAGCACCGAUACCAUCCUCGAAAUCGGUCCCGGUACCGGUAACCUCACCAAGAAGCUUCUCGAAGCCGGUAAGUUAGUUAUCGCCGUUGAAGUCGACCCUCGCAUGGUCCUCGAGCUUCAGCGCCGCUUUCAAGGCACCCCUCACUCCUCUCGCCUCAAGGUGAUACAAGGGGAUGUACUUAAGACCGAGCUUCCCUAUUUUGAUAUUUGUGUGGCCAACAUUCCUUAUCAAAUUUCGUCGCCACUGACAUUCAAGUUAUUGAAUCACCAACCCGCGUUUAGGUGCGCUAUUAUUAUGUUCCAAAGGGAGUUUGCUAUGAGAUUAGUGGCUCAACCUGGUGAUAAACUCUAUUGUCGUCUCACGGUGAACACCCAAUUACUGUCUCGAGUUUUCCAUCUCCUCAAAGUUGGUAAAAACAAUUUCCGGCCUCCACCUAAGGUAGAUUCGUCUGUAGUUAGAAUUGAGCCUAGGAAGCCGCGAAUUGAAGUCAAGCAGAAGGAGUGGGAUGGGUUUUUGAGAAUUUGUUUUAAUAGGAAGAACAAGACCCUUGGUGCCAUUUUUAGGCAGAAGAAUGUUCUCUCCUUGUUGGAGAAGAACUACAAGACUUUGCAAGCGCUAAAUCUUUCGGUUGGUAAUGGGGAUGCUGAAAUGGCUUCUUUGAGGUUAGGGAAUGCUAAUGAGGUUGAAACCAUGGAGAUGGAUGACGACGAUGAGGAUGGUGGAGCAGAUGAUGAAAUGGAUGUGGAAGAUGGUGAUGCUGAUGGGGAAACAUCCGAGUUUAAAAACAAGGUUUUGGGUGUGUUGAAGGAGGGAAAUUUUGAAGACAAGAGGUCAUCCAAGCUUAAGCUAGAGGAGUUCUUGUACCUACUCUCUCUGUUUAACAAGGCUGGCAUACAUUUUUCUUGAUCUUAGGACUGAACUUGUAGUUUUAUUGUUUUUUUUUUUUUUUUCCCCUCUUCUUUCACAAUUAAUAUCCAAUUUUGUUGGUUCUCUUUUCUUGUCAACUUAAAGAAGUCUUAUUCUUAUUGUUCUGUAUUUUGCUUAAAGUUUUGAUUGGAUAGUUUAGGUUAAAGAAUGCUAUUAUGAAUGUAUUUUUUGUUGCUCUCCUGUAAAUUAGCUCAUGCCAAUUAUAUAUUAUUAUGCAUCCGUACUUGUUCGAA